CUUUAAGCCCGGCCCAUUUACAAGAAUAUGGAAAAACGAAAACCCAAAACCCUUCCAUAUUUUUCAUUCUCUUCCCGUUCUCCUUUCUUGUCUCUCUCUUCCAAACACCAUCAGAUUCUCUCUCUUUCUUACCUAUUUUCCCCAAUUUCCUAUUUCAAAUAACCCUCAUUUUUUACCCUCAAAUCUCUAACUCAGCAAAUAUCUUUUCGUUUCUUUUCCAUUUAUUUCUUAAUUUCAAUCUCAAUUUGUUGGGAUCCAUAUAAUAUAGGCUAUGCUUUUCAAUCUUUUUUGGAAUAGAAUUAUAGCAUAAACUUUUUAGAAUAAAAAGCAUUAAUGCUAUCUGGGUUUUCCCCCUUUUCUUGAAUUUCUAUCUUUAAUUGGGCAUUUAUCAACAUUUUAUCAGCAAAAAUCUGUGCCCACAUUAGAAAAGGUUCAACAUUUUCAACUAGGGUUUUUGCUGAUUCAAUUUGUCAUUUAGAUGACAAAUUUAUUGGAAGAUUAUCUUUUUUGAAGGUGGAUGAUCAACUUCAGUUGCUAUAGUUUGGUAAAUUUUUGGAGCUAUUGUUGUACAAGUAGCAUUUAUUUAGUAGCAUAUUGAAGUCUAUGUUAAUAGAGCUGUUGCUUGUAAUUGCAGUUUUUUUUUUAAUUCCGGGGUUCAUUUUUUGGAUAAUAAGAACCCCAAAGUCUAAUUUUAUUGAUUUGCAAGGGUGGGAAGAUAUUUUGAUUAAUUCUUACACUUCCCCCAUUUACCGAUUUUGAAUAGAUUGGCUAGUAUUUUUGGUGUUUUGUUCAUCUGGGUUGUUAGCAGGUGGGGUUUUUUUUGGUUAGAAUUAAAGGAUUGAGUAUAGGAAAUUAGCCUCUGGUUGUAUGGGCGAGCAUGAGGAAUGGGCACAGCCAAGUGGGCUACUUCCAAAUGGCUUGUUAUCCAAUGAAUCUGCUUCGUUGGUUCGUGUGCUCGAUGCAGAGCGUUGGUCAAAAGCAGAAGAUAGAAUUGCAGAGCUUAUAGCCUGCAUUCAACCCAAUCAACCAUCCGAAGAAAGGAGAAAUGCCGUUGCAGAUUAUGUGCAACGGUUGAUUAUGAAGUGUUUUCCCUGUCAGGUUUUCACUUUUGGGUCUGUUCCUCUAAAGACAUAUUUACCGGAUGGGGAUAUUGACUUGACGGCAUUUUGUAAAAGUCAAUCUCUAAAGGACUCAUGGGCUGGUAAAGUGCGUGAUAUACUAAUAAGUGAGGAAAAGAAUGAAAAUGCUGAAUUCCGUGUAAAAGAGGUGCAGUACAUUCAGGCAGAAGUAAAGAUAAUCAAGUGUCUUGUGGAAAAUAUUGUUGUGGACAUAUCAUUUAAUCAAUUGGGUGGGUUAUGCACCUUGUGUUUCCUUGAGGAGGUUGACCAUUUGAUUAAUCAGAAUCAUCUGUUUAAGCGUAGCAUUAUAUUAAUUAAAGCAUGGUGCUAUUAUGAAAGUCGUAUUUUGGGUGCUCAUCAUGGGCUUAUAUCUACGUAUGCUCUGGAGACCUUGGUGCUUUACAUAUUUCAUGUUUUCAAUAAUUCCUUUGCUGGUCCUUUAGAGGUUCUCUACCGUUUUUUGGAGUUCUUCAGUAUUUUUGAUUGGGAUAAUUUCUGCGUUAGCCUAUGGGGUCCUGUACCCAUUAGUGCACUUCCUGAUGUAACUGCGGAACCUCCUCGUAAAGAUGGCGGGGAGUUGUUGCUAAGUAAAUUAUUUCUUGACGCUUGUAGUGCUGUGUAUGCUGUCUUUCCUGGAAAUCAUGAAAAUCAGGGUCAGCCUUUUCUUUCCAAGCAUUUCAAUGUCAUUGACCCUUUGCGUGUGAACAAUAACCUUGGGAGAAGUGUUAAUAAAGGAAAUUUUUAUAGGAUUCGCAGUGCAUUUGCUUUCGGGGCAAAGAGACUAGCUAGGCUGUUAGACUGUCCGGAGGAGAACAUAGUUUCGGAGUUAAACCAAUUUUUUAUGAACACAUGGGAGAGGCAUGGUAGUGGCAUCCGUCCUGACGCCCCAAAUAGUGACUUAAGAGCACUAAAUUCAGAUGAUCAAUCAAGUACUCAAGAAAAUGCUUCAUGUAGCAAUAAUACGAAUGAUACUCCAUCAUUUAAAGAAAUUGAUAUCGAGGUUCCUCCGAGUGCUCGUUCUCUAUCCUCUCAACAAGCUAGCUGUCCACUUGAAAGCAAUUCCAGAAGUGAUGAUGUUUCUAUGAAGAGUUUUGAGAAUCCAAAGUACUCGAGGAUUUCAGAGCAAGCCGAAAAAGACAAUUCUGCUCAGAGUGAACAAAUUGACAGAAACAAGAAAAACUUAAAAUCUGAUCAUUUGGUGAAAGAAGUGCACGGUAAGUAUCUUUUUGCCAGGACACGAUCAAGUCCUGAGCUCACUGAUGCAUACUAUGAUGUUUCUUCUCGAACAAGGCGCAAUAAACCUAAUGAAAGUGGGAGAAAUCAGGUUGCUUCUUUGAAGAUGGAUAGCAACCGAAGAAAACACACAGCACCUGAGAAUUUGACGACUCAUAACACUGUAUCUUCAUCUGAUGAUCUUUCAUCUAGGAGACACAGUUCAUCUCAUCAUGUUGUAGAUGUUCCUGCUGAUUCAAACAGUCUUUUAAACAAAAUUAUUGAUGAUUCUACUGGGGUCAUUAGUGAGGAUCAAACUUCUGUAAUUGGGGCACAAGGGGUGCAUCAUGAGGAGCGAGAUCUUGUAAACAUGGUGGCAUCCCCUUUACACAAUUUUGGCGGUCAGAUACGUGUGCCACUUAAUCUCACACCAACUCAUUUACCUGUACCAGUACCUGUACCUGAAUCAGUGCUUGCUUCUAUUGGAUAUGCUCAGAGAAACAUGGGUGGGAUGGUUCCUGCUAACAUUCCCCUAAUUAAUCCUCACUGGGCCGCAAACCUGCAGUUUCAGCAGGGCCUGAUGUCAUCUCCCCUAACUCCAUAUUUUCCUGGAGCUGGUUUGUCAACGAAUUCUGAGGAUUUAAUUGAACAAGGUGAUGAGAAUUUUGGUUCUACGGAAAUGGCACGACUUGGUGCUGAUACCGAAUCUUGGCAUGAUUGUAAUGCCGCUUCAAGUGGAGGUUUUGGUCAAGAUGAUAGGAAUUCAGGAACGCUCCAUGCUGAUGAUAGACAGCCUUCAACUUCUGGUAGUUCCAACUUUGUUCCUUCGUCUCGUAUGGCUAAUUCUGGGAGUUCUUUUAAAUCACAGCCAAAAGUUACUAAGGAACACCGAGCGUCCACAAGAGAUGAAUUUAUGGAAACUUUCCAAAACCAAGAGAAUCGAAUUAACAGCAGUUACACAGAUGAUAGAGUGUCUAGUGCCAGGUUUUCUUCAGCUUCUCAGGCUGGUUCAGUGAGAAGUAAGACAUCAUCUGAGAGUUCCUGGGAUGGAUCAUCUGCAAGAAUGCCAAAGGUUGGCAGAGAAAAGGGGGGGAGGAAAAUUGUUACUUCAGCUUCCGUACCUCCUAAUAUUCAUGGGAAAGAUAAGAAUAUCUAUGAACAUUCCAAUGCUGAGUUAGAUGAAGAGAAUCGAGAUUGGAACAAUGUAUCCACAAUAGGGAAUGAAAUUGAAGAAUUAAGUUCUUCUCCGCGUGCAUCAACUUUGCACUCCCCAAGAAACUCCUUGCCUGGCAUUAAAGUGCCACAGACCAGUGGAUCUGAUUCUGUCUUACCUAUUGCUCCAAUGGUUUUGGGUCAUGGCCCUCGGCAACGAGUAAUGGACAAUUCUGUUUCUUUCACAUUUUAUCCCACUGGACCACCAAUUCCUUUUGUUACGAUGCUUCCUUUAAAUUAUUUUCCUGCCGAGGCUGGAAAUUCUGACCCAUCAACUAAUUUUGUCAGUGGUGAAGACUGUCCUGAUAAUAGUGGUUCCAGGCAUAACAUUGAUAUGUCUGAGGGGCAUGAUACUCCGAAUGUUUUAGAUCCCUUUAAUUCCAUGAGACGGCCUGCAUUAACUUCAUUGGUGGAGCCUAAGUCCGAUAUUCUCCACAGUGACUUUGCUAGUCAUUGGCAAAAUUUGCAAUAUGGACGAUUUUGCCAGGGCCCAAAACUUCCUGGUCACCCCUCUUCUGUUGUUGUACCUCCUAUAUACUUACAAGGUCGCUUUCCCUGGGAUGGCCCCGGAAGACCUGUUGCCGCAAACAUGAACCUUUUGUCUCAGAUCGUGAGUUAUGGCUCUCCUCUUAUGCCAUUUGGUCCUGUUCAGCCUGUGCCCAGUAGGCCUUCUACUGUUUAUCAACGCUAUGCUGAUGAACUGCCGAGAUAUCGCUGUGGAACAGGAACCUAUCUUCCAAACCCGAAGGCUUCUGUUAGAGAUCGUCAUUCAUCUGGUUCAAGAAGGAACAAUUACAACUACGACAGAAGUGAUCACAGUGACAGAGAAGGAAAUUGGAAUGUUGCAAAAGCCAAAGCUGCUGGACGUGGUAACAACCGUAGCCAGGCCGAGAAGUCGAGGAUCGAUCGACUUGGAGCCAAUGAGAGUCAAACUGAUAGAUCUUGGUCUACCUACAGACAUGACCAAAUAGCUUCAUAUCAGGGCCAAAAUGGCCCAUCACAGCCCGGAUCUUCUCAGACAAGCUCGGUGAACAUGGCUUAUGGGACGUAUCCAUUGCAAGGUGGCAUAAAUCCAAGUGGGUUAACCUCAAAUGGAUCCUCGGUCCCUUCUGUUGUCAUGUUAUAUCCGUAUGAUCACAAUUCCGGCUUUGCAUCACCUGGAGAGCAACUCGAGUUCGGGUCACUUGGCCCCAUGAAUGCUGUUGGCACAAAUGAUGCAUCACAACCGGUUGAUGGAACUCAUCUGAGAAGACCGUUUGAGGAUCAAAGAUUUCAUAGGAGCUCUGCACAACAUUCUUCCCCAGACCAACCAUCGUCCCCUCACUUCCGAAGGAGGCAUUGAUAAUUUUGCAAGAUCAUUGGCCCAAAGGAAUUGUCACCUGAAAGAAGACUAACCACCCUUGGUUUUCUAACGAUAGAAUGAUCUGCAACGAGAAUCACUCCCAUAACCAAACUCUGAUGUUAGCCCCAUGACCAAAAACUGAUUUUGGGGGUUUUAGUGAUUAAUUAGGCGAAGGGAUUCUUCCGGCUGGUUCCAUAGAACUCGUUUUCCUUGCGACUGCUCCAAGAUGUCGGGGAUUUGGUGAAUAAAGAGAUAAUGGUAUGUCAAAUUUGAAAAUUCCCAUUUUCAGCAAAUAUGAGAGUUUCAGGAGCAGGUUGAGGCAUUUGGGAGCCAAAUUUUUUUAUGGUUCGACACAUUGUAACUUUAGUCGAAGUAGGUAGUAGAAACAACAAUCAGGGUUUUUCUUUUAACUAUUGAGCCUCGGUAUUUCAUUCUUACAUGCUGUAUUAGUUGUGGGGGUGUUCUUUCAUUAAGCUCACUCCAUAGUUCAGACAGUUCAGAUCAGACUAGUUCAAAUAUGCUUAAAACUAGAAAAUUCAUCCUCAUAGUUUUCUCAAGUGUUUAAAGACUUUUAGUAGCUGUAAGACUUGUAACUUUGACAACUUCAAAGUUACAAACUUUUUUCAAGAUAAAUAUAAAGGUAAAGUGUAUUAUAAAGAU